AUGAUGGCACAGCUCCGUCGGAAGGUGGUGCUCGUCGUCCUGGCACUGUUCGUCAUGAGCAUGCUGUACUACGGUACGACGUGGCCCCCAGACGCGGACCAAGUGCAGGCGAUGCACGGCGAGAGGAGCAACGAAAUCGAGCUGCGUGACUCCACACCACAGAGGCACUUCCGCUCGGACCUUUUCACUAGAAAACGGAGGCUACCGAGAGUGGACGCGGACUCUAGAGGACGAAAACAGCAGACAGGGGCAAGAAAGUGGAAGGAGACCCGUAGCAGCAACAGCAACAAACACACCGUCACAGGUCAUCAAGCACCGGUGGAACUGCUGGUCGAACGCCAGCAACGACCACGCUUUACGAUCGUAACCGCUCUGUUCGACAUAGGCAGAGGCAACUGGAGCCACUACGGACGGCUUUAUUCCGAAUACUUCGCGUUUAUGAAGAAUCUGUUGAACACCGAUGUGCAGCUGUUCGUGUUCACCGACCAGAGCGGAGCAAAGUAUGUCCGUGAACAGCGGGCAUCGAAGAGCGACCGUACUCAUGUCCAAGUGAGCGACUUGCAUAGCCUGCCGUUCUAUCACUAUAAGCCGGUGAUCGACGACAUCAUCAGCAGGGAGGAAAACCAAUGUAAGUUUCGUUGCUGUACAGUACCUGUAACAAACCUGACCUAA